GAGGAAACCGAUUGCGAACUACGACAAGAUGGUGAUUAUAUGUGGAGAAGACCGAGCAUACGGAGGGAUGUCAGAAACCGGUGAGGAUAUUAGGAAUGAUAAAUCAUUUGGUGCAGAUUCGAUUGAGACUAGUGAUAGUUUACAAGAAGGUGUCAAUGAUGUUGAUGUCACAUCACCUCAGAUCAGAGUCCGAGAUGAACCUAAGUCCAAGCGGCCAAAGAAAUCCAAGGAUAAGGUUGAAGAUGGAGGAGUAACCGCAGCACUUAUGACGAUUGCUGAAGCUUUUAAGGAUAGCACUUCUGCGCUUCGUGAGAGCACGUUAGCUUAUGAAAAAUCUCAUCAAAAGCUUCCGAUUUCUGAAGUUGAGCUUUGGAAGCUUUUGGAGGAUUUGCAUAUUGAAAAUCAUUUGAUCAACCGAGCAUAUUUGUACCUUCUCAACAAUCCUGAUAUGAUCAAAGGACUCAUUGGAUGCCCGAAGAAUAAACAGAAGGAGUUGCUUAUUGAAAUGGUGUUUGGUCCACCGGCAUCUACUACCAGGCCAUAUUAGUGAAGGCAAGUGUGUGUGAAAGUCGAGCUUAUUUGGAGUGCAUUGACUUCUUUAUGUUAUUGAUUGGAAUGCGCUAG